AUGCCCGCUAUCGAAAAGGUCCUCACCACCAACGCCCCGGCGCCCCUCCCGCAGUUCUCCCAGGCCAUCAAGUACAACGGCAUGGUCUACUGCUCCGGCAACAUCGGCGUCCUCCCCGACAAGCCGGGCAUGGUGCAGGCCGAGGGUACCGUCAAGGACCGCACUCGCCAAGCCCUCAAGAAUCUCUCCGCCGUCCUCGAGGCCUCGGGGAGCAGUCUCCGCAACGUCGUCAAGGUCAACGUCUACAUCACCAAGAUGGCCGACUUCGCCACCAUGAACGAGGCGUACGACGAGUUCUUCACUUUUGACCCCAAGCCCGCCCGGACGUGCGUCGCCGUGUACCAGCUUCCGCUGGGCACCGACGUCGAGAUCGAGUGCACGGCGUUCCUCAACAAACCUGCCGAGAAGCUGUAA